AUGCUUAACUCUGCAGCUCUGGGCUUUGUGGUGCUACUCUCAGCAGUGGAAGCUGCAACAAACGAGAGAGUGAAAUAUGACUACUACAAAUACCAUUCCAUGCCAGAGAUUUCCAAAUGGAUGACUCAGAUUGCACAAGAUCACUCUGAUGUCGUGACCAUCAUGGAUUAUGGACAAACCUAUGAGAAAAGGAAUAUCAGCUUGCUUAAGAUUGGUCUGAGCACUGGAGAGAAGAAAAAAGCAAUCUGGAUGGACUGUGGGAUCCAUGCCAGGGAAUGGAUCGCCCCGGCCUUCUGUCAGUACUUUGUCAGACAGAUUCUGCAGACAUACAGAACAGACCCGAAAAUGGAAGAGAUGAUGAAGAAGAUGGACUUCUACGUCACACCGGUGCUCAACGUGGACGGCUACAUCUUCUCCUGGAACACAACUCGACUGUGGAGGAAGAACAGAUCUCCAGGACCUCCAGGCUGCAAAUGUGACGGCACCGAUCUCAACCGCAACUUUGACGCCAACUGGGGCACGGUCGGGGUGUCGAGUGACUGUUGUACAGAGAUCUACGGUGGGAGUGCACGUGUGUCUGAGCCCGAGGCCCAGGCCGUGACAGAAUUUGUCGGCAGCCGGAAGGACGACAUCCUGUGUUUCCUCACCAUCCACUCCUACGGCCAGCUGCUCCUGAUUCCCUAUGGAAACCCCAACUUCAUCGCCCCCAACCAUGACGAGCUGAUGGAGGUGGGUCUGGCUGCAGCAGAGGCUAUAAAGGCCGUCCACGGGAAGAGCUACAGAGUGGGAACCUCCCCGGCUGUACUGUACGCCAACUCUGGUUCAUCCAGAGACUGGGCUCGGAUGCAGGGGAUCCCCUUCGCCUACACCUUCGAGCUCAGAGACAACGGGACGUUCGGCUUCGAGCUCCCAGAGGAUCAGAUCCAGCCGACCUGCGAGGAAGCCUACAGAGGAGCCCUGCACAUCGUCAACUACGUCCACGACAAGACUUUUAAAGGCAUGGUGGACGGCGCCGUGGCCACUGCCGCUGCAGCCCUGUGGACCGUGCUCUUAGCCGUGGGCGUCACCGGCGCCUCCAUGUGA